AUGGCGGAUACUAAUAACCGGUGAGCCGUUUUUCGAAAAUUUCCUCCUGAAUCAAUUUUACUUGAGGUGCACGAAAGAAGAUGAGAAGAAACGGUUCGAAUAUCUGGAUCAUCCUGCCGACGUUCAGAUUCAUUCGUGGGGACCAGACUUCAAAAAUGUUUGUGAAUUUUUUGAGCUUCUUUGACUACUUUUCUCAGUUUUCAGGCUCUAGAAGCGGCACUUCUUGCAAUGUUCAACUACAUGACUGAUUUGGAUAAAAUCGAGGAGGUUCGGUAGCAAUUUUUUAUUUAGAGUUUUUUCUUGUUGCCGAAUAUCCGAUCCCCCAAAAUUGGGGGUGGUAUGAAAAAAACACCGGCGAAAAUUCAAACGGCGACAUUUCCGAUUUUUUCAUAUCGCUAGGGAACUUUCCGACGGCCACUUUUCCGACGAAACUUUUUCCGACUUUUUUUUCUCGAUAAAAUCUUCGUUUUAAAUCUUCCUAUAUAAAGUAGGUAGUUUGUUCAUAAUUAAAACACAAAGAAAUAGGAAAAAAAAAUGUUCAUAGAUGUUUUAUAAACCGAAAAGCAUAAGGGAAAAAAGUCGGAAAAAGUUUCGUCGGAAAGGUGGCCGUCGGAAAGUUCCCUAGCGAAAUGAAAAAAUCGGAAAAGUCGCCGUUUGAAUUUUCGCUGGUGUUUUUUUCAUACCACCAAAUUGGGGCAUACACAAUUCCCGCUAACGAAUGUUCGCGGACCCAAAAUUCGUGCCUACCAUCCUCCCAGAAGUACCGCUUUUUCGCCGCGCCGGUAUCAUAGUUGUUCCGUCGCGAUGAAGAAAAAAAAUUUGGUAAUAGCUAUAAUGCGAGGUUGCGCCGGGUGAAAACGGUUCAUUUGCUUGCUCUUAUAUGUACCGUCACCGAUCUGGCUCUCAUAUCAUCAUUUAUUCUUAGUGGAAAUAUAACCCAGAAAAAAAACCCGUUUGCCGUUUGUAAAUUUUAGGGGGCGUGCUAAGUUGGGCCCCGAUCGCCACAAAGCUCGUUGCCAGCUUUCUAAAAAUGUCAAUCAAUUCGCCCGAAUAUUUCAUCAAUCAAAUUUUCAUCCUAGUUUUUGAAAGUUGGCAAUUUCCAGAAAUACGACAUGUUUUACACGGCAAAAGGCCGCGACUUGGAAACGUUAAUUUUUGCAACGCUCGAUGAAGCGCUCAACACUUUCCAAUCGGAACCAUUUUUCAUCGCUAAAAGUGUAAAAAUAACGAGUUUUGACGAAAAAACGUUCGAGGUUCGUCCAUUCACCUAUUCUUCGAGAAACCUCGAAUUUCAGGUAAAAUUUUGUGGUUGGGGCGACUCUUUCGACCUUUCCAAACACCCUCAAGAAGCUGACAUCAAAGCAAUCACUUAUUCCAACAUGCAGGUCCUUCAGAAGGAGGACCGUUGUGACAUCUACGUUAUUGUUGACAUUUGA